UCACAUUGAACAUUAUAUUGUUUCUCUUAACCAAUCUUCAACCAAUAAUCAUUCAAUAGUCUAUUAAUUUGCAUUAUUAUACCAAUGCACCAUUAUUUUAAAUUAACGUGACAUCAAUGAUGAAACAAUUAAAGUCUAUGUUGAAUUAAGUAACGCAUGAAACUGGUAACCAGUAAUUGAAGCAAAAGUCAAUUGUCAACAUUCAAUUUUAACCAUCUUUGUGUCUUUGCAAGUAAAAUAUUUUUUUCGUGUCUAAUUGUCUAACAAACCAUCAAAAGUGGAAACAUCUGAAAAUAAAUAUCUCGUGUGUUGCUAUAAAUAAAACCCAGUGAACCAGCAAACCAACAGUGAAGAGACUAUGUUCAACUAUUAUGUGAGAGUUUAAAUGUUUUUGUUUUCCAAUUGUGUCUCUAUCAAGGAUUAACAUAAAAACCAUGAAAUUUAGUGUUAACCUUAAUCAACUACCUUUACCGGAAAAUUAUUAAAAUGAAAUGAAACCCAAAAAUAUAAAUAUAAAAAGAAGGUUAACAAACUAGACAUUUUCAUGUUGACAAAAUGCAAUGUCAAAGUGAAGUGUACAUUGAAAGACAUUUUUCACCUUUACCCAAUUUGUCAAUCAUGAAUUUUUCAUCAAUAAUCAAAUUUAUAAAUUUAUCAUUCAAUUGAGAUAAAAUAAAACUAUUCUCUUGUCACUUUCUUUUCCCUGCAAUUUUCCAAAUGUUUGGAUGAAUUGCUUGUUCCAAAAGGAUGAUAAUGAUACAAUUUACCUCACUAAUCAUGAUGAUUAUCAUCAAUUUUCCAUCCUUCAUCUUAUCACAAUCAACUUGCUUGCUUCUCCUGCAAGCAUCCAUUAUGUUAAAGGCAAGUUAUGUUCAUGGAUCAACCCAGGAAAACAACUUGUCACAGCUUCUGUCUUCUAAUCCUGAGCCAGCUUCCUUGGUUGUUGCCGGUGAGGAAGGUAAAGCCAUUUUACCUUGUUCAAUUGAUCAUCCAUCAAAUGAUACAAUUGAUUUAAUUUUAUGGUUUCGCGGGGAAGACGAAACUGCAUUAUACUCUCUUGAUGCUCGAAAAGGUCCAAUCCAACGAGCCAAACAGUUUCCAAAUGGUGAUUCAUCAUCAUCACAUGCUUAUAUCGAUAUAACUGGAAGACCACCUUCCUUAGUGAUUGAAUCAGUUAAACAAGACGAUGCUGGUGAAUAUCGCUGCCGAAUCGACUUUCGCCAGGCUCGAACACAAUAUCGAACAGUCCAAUUGGAAGUAAUAAUUGGACCACGAGAAGUGAUAAUAAUGGAUGAAUUUGGUCAGCGACUACGUGAUCUUGUUGGGCCUUACAACGAAGGUGCUCAUUUAACGCUCUACUGUGAAGCUGAAGGAGGUUCACCUCAACCUGAACUCCGUUGGUACAAGGAUGGGCGACUCAUCGAUGAAACUUGGAAUAUAACUGUUCAAGGAAUAAUUCGCAACGAACUUUUGAUAAACCGAAUCCAGAGAAGUGACUUGAUGAGUACAUUGACGUGUAUAGCCAACAAUUCAAAUUUAACCAAAUCAGUUUCAACAAGCAUCACAUUGGAUCUCAAUCUUCGUCCUACAAAUGUUCGUAUAAUAAGUCCAAAGCGUGCGCUUUCUGCUGGUAAACGGGUCGAAUUAAAGUGCACUUCAGAAGGUUCAAGACCUUCAGCUAUUGUUACUUGGUGGAAAGGUCCUAAAAGACUUCAACAUGUUACAGAAGAUGUGACCAGUUCGGAAAAUUUGACCACUUCAGUUGUCCAUUUUACUCCAACAGCUGAAGAUAAUGGUAAAAUACUUUCCUGUCGAGCUGAUCAUUCCAUUUUACCUGAUUCUGCGAUCGACGAUUCAUGGGUAUUGGAUGUAUAUUUUGUUCCUAAAUUAUCAUUAUCCCUUGGAUCUAAUCUGUAUUAUGAUCAAAUCAGGGAAUUGACUGAUGUAACAUUUGAAUGCCAUGUAAUUGCCAAUCCGCCCAUCUCAUCAGUUUCAUGGCAGUUUAAUGGUCGCUCAAUAAAUUCCAAUUCUCUUGGUUCAGUUGAUCUCAUUUUUCGCAACUUUUCCCUGACCAUUCGCAACAUAACACGCCAUCAAUCGGGUAAAUAUCGUUGUGUGGCUUUAAACGUUGAAGGCGAUGGUUACAGCCAUGAGAUAAAUCUUCGAGUUUUAUAUUCACCUAUUUGUGCCCCAAAUCAAAAAGUAGUUUAUGGUUUAGCCACAAAAGAACCCAUCAAAGUGCCUUGUACAGUUGAAGCUGAUCCAUCUCAAGUGACCUUUCGUUGGGCUUUAAACAACUCUCAUACACUGAUACCGAUAAAAAGUUUCGUUUCCUCUCGUCUAACAAGCCUUGCCACUUAUGCACCUCGAACCAAAUUUGGUUAUGGUCAACUGUACUGUUGGGCUAGCAACAUUGUGGGUGAACAAAGAGAACCCUGUGUUUUCAAUGUUAUCCCAGCUGGACUGCCUGAACCAAUUAAAAAUUGCCUUGUGGGUAACCAAUCAAUGGACAGUCUUGUAAUUAAAUGUGAACCUGGACAAGAUGGUGGCCUUGAGCAAUCUUUUUAUCUUGAAGUUUAUCAUUCCAUAACUGGUCUACUCUUCACCAACCUAACCUCAACUCCAAGUCCAAUUUUUGAAGUAAACUCACUGCCCAAGGGAACACCUUUUUUACUUCUUCUUUAUGCAGCCAACUCAAAGGGUCGCAGUGAUUCAGUUGCUCUUACAGCAAGCACCUUGCCCUUUCCCAGUCGAACUGACAUUAAUAUAAUUACUCCUGUGAUAGCAGCAUUGAUCAGUGUUAUCGGAUCUUUGGUUUUCACUGCAAUUGCAAUUAUGAUUAUUGCUCGAAUCAGAAAUUUUGACGAUGAUAAAGAUUCUCGAUCUCGACAAAACUCAUCAAGGCAACCUCACAACCCAACUCCACCUCACUCGAUGCCUCACAAGCCCAAUGGACACACACUGAUCAACACUGAAGAAGAGACGUUGAACAUAGAGACAACUCAAACUAUUGAUAGCUGGAAUACUGAUCUCAAUCAUGGCGACAAGUAUAUUCUGGCUCAUGAAACGAGUGAGAAUGGAUUCGAUAUAAGCAAAGAAGAUGGACUGGUUAAGUUGGCUUUAGAUCAGCGAAUCACUCCAGACGGUGAUGCUUACUACGACCAGGCAGGAUCUGAAUCAGGGUCAACAAUGUCCACCAACCAAGGUGACAGCAUCAAUGGUGGGAAAAGACUUUCUCGAUAUCUUUUACCUUCGCAAACAAUUAUGAGGGAACCUUCAGUCAUUAUUUUGAACGAAGAUGAACCACUCGCAGUCAACGAAACUCCACUGAUGAACGGGCUCUAUUUUUCUUAUCAGAGAAAUUCAUCUCAAAAGCAGAUAACACCCUUAUCAACGCCCGUUUAAAAACUGCUCAUUAUCCAUGAUUGCUAUUGAUGUCGAGUAAAUUUGCAAAAUGAAAGUUUGGCAAAGGUGAAUGUUUCAAGGAAAAUGAAGGAUAAUCAUUCGUCAUUACACAAGCGAUGACUUUUUGUUUGACUGGAGAAAUAAUGAGACGCCUAAAGGAUAAUUUUUACUUGUCCAGGGGAUAUUUUUUUCGACUUUACUUUUUUUCUCUAAACUGUUCAUCAAUAGAGAUUCAACUGUCAAGUGGCUGGAGAAACAAAGUUAAAGUUGUCAAGAGAAACCUGACCACAUGUCCCAAGGAAAUGAAAAAGGUGAUUGGUUCAUCAAGACAAAAAUGAGAAGAAAAAUGUUUCACUAUCAUGAUUGAACUGAGAAAAAUGUUUGCACCAACAAUAACAAGAAAUUGGCAACAAGAAGAAGAAUGACUAAUCUCAUGGUUUUUUUUUUCGUGAACCAAUAAGGAAAGGUAAAUGAUAUCAUUGGUCAUCAUUAUUGGAAGCAGCAGUUUGGUCAAUUUGGAUUAACCUAAUAACAGCAAAAUACCUUUGCCUUUGCUUCUCAUUUCUGUAUCUUGCUUUGCAUUUUGCCAGCUAAAAGCAAGAGUAUUAAUACUUACUCGUUCAUGAUGCAGAAUUUACUUGAACUUGUUUAACAAUGUUGAUAAUGAAGGGAAUAGAAAUGAUGAAAUUGAUG